AUGAAUCAACAACUUUUAAUCAAAAUUGCUUGCUGUAAUUCUAUUAUUACUUGCAUUUUUUGCAUUAUAAGUACAUGCACAAAUAGUUGGUUGUAUACAACGGAAGUUUUGAAAUAUUACGUACAUCCAAAUGAUACAAUUGCAAAUGGAAGCGAAGAUAUUUUAGAUCAAACUGUUUAUUUUAAAAAUGCAACGCUUGGCCCAUGGCUUUUUUGUUGGCUUGAUCCUACAACCGAUUUUCAUUGCACAAAAGUAAAUUAUUUUACAACAGAUGAGCCAUAUGAUGUUACUACAUCUGUCGAAUUCUCAGUACAUCGUGCAUUCAUCUUUAUGAUUUCUGGUGCUUUACUAAUUAUUUUGGGUUCAAUUAAUGCAUUAAUGUGUUUGUUUCAAAAAUGGCCAUAUCAUUCACUUAUGUAUUGUUCCGUAUUGCAUAUUUUCUCAGGGAUGGCAAAUUUUGCAUGCAUAAUUGUUUAUAUGGCUGCUGUCUCCAAAGAAGUGGGAAAUAAAAUUUAUGCUGCCUCAAAAAUUGAUGAUCCAUUGUUUCAUUACUCAUAUGGUUACUCCUUUAUUAUGCUUAAAGUUACAUUUUUGGGAAAUGAAUUUGCUGCAUUAUUUUCAUUAGUUGCUUAUAUGGCUAAACGUGAUGAACGUAUGUUUAACAAAUAUCACAUAAGAUCUUUGAUAGCUAAAAUGGAUGAAACACAUUUCAUGAGAAAAUGUCAUUGUCGGUAUCACAUGAGACAUUACCGAUCAAUCAUGCACUAUCAAAAUAUCUGA